AUGCAGCGCGUGGCCUGUGUGGGCGACGGUUGCCGCGUCGCCUGGCGAGACGGCACACGGCUGGUGCGCUCGGCGCCCACCGCCGUGGGGCAGGCUUCCUACCGAUGCAUGUUGGAAAUGAGCUCGGUGCAGACGGUCUAUUUGGAAGCUGAGCUCUUGGAAGGAGAUGCGAAGGAACACCUUUGCAGCAGCGGUCCGAUUUCUUUGCGUGAUGAAGACUGGGUGUGUUUGAGCACGACCGAAACGGCCAGCGGCGACCUUUUCAAGUUAAUGUCCUGCAUGAGAGAUUCUCCUGGCUGGACCUUCUGCUUUGAUGUGAAAGAGCGGCCAGAUGGCACAGCCAUCCUUACACAUGUCCGGGUCGUGCGGACUACUUCAGUGACCCAACGGCCUCGUCCCGCAGAAGAGUGCACCCGCGGCCACGCGGCGGACGGGCCACUCCAUCGCCUUCCGGAGGUUUUGGAUUGCACUGAGCCGGAAGUUGAGGGAUCGCAGCACCCUGCACAUCGAAAUUUGCUUCGACUCUAUCAUCAACCCACUGAAGAGAUGUUAAAAGCUGAAUUCUGGGAGGGGCUGGUGCAGCACCAGUUGAAAAUUGGUGUUGAUCCAAUGGCACUGCCCAUGCAGUGUCCGACACCAGCAGUGCCAAAGGCACAUUUGCAAGAGAUGGGCUACUGCCGUUUGCCCAUGUCUUUCAGUGGGAUGCAGGACAUCGUUUUGGCCAUGGAGAGAUUCCAACACCUGGGUUUUCCUCCUGUUUUUGUUUUCAUGUUUGAUGAGCCCUGGCGGAUGCUUCGUGAGCUUUUUCCACUGGUCGCCACCUUGCUGGAGAAGGAGGAGAAAGACGUUCAGGUGAGCCUUUCAGUCUUCGCUUGGGCUCUUCGCCCAAGUUCCGCGGACGACGCCGAACGAGACGGCAGAGACGCCUUCGCUGGAGACGCCUUCGGCCAGGCGCAUCGCGACAAGAGCUAUCGGGAGUGUCAUACGGCAGAGGGACGCUUGGGGAUGCUCACCACUUGGAUCCCCUUGGUGCCGGUCACGGAAGAGGACGGUUGUAUGCAUGUGGUGCCGUCCAACGGAGACGAAGCGGAGGAGCUGCCCUGCCGGGCUGGAGGAGAAGCGUUGAUGUGCCAAGCAGGAGAGGUGCUGAUUUGGAAGGCCAACCUCAUCCAUUGGGGCGCCCGCGCCACGGCGCGCUCACGCGCGCCGCGGCGGAGCAUGGCCACGGCCUUCGUGACGGAGGAGGUCCCAGCCUUUGGGGCGCUCGCCACGGUACCGGCCACCGAGCUGCCCCGGGACGUGGGGACACGGCUCAGGGUCAUCUUGAAAUCGCUCUUGCAGUACAAGUCCUGGUAUCCCGAUUUUCGCGGCUUCGACUUCCUGGCUGGAGAGAAAAAGACGCGAACGCGAACGCAGUGCUCAGAUGCAGACACGGUGGUCAUAGCGAGACCGGUGGUGUACAACCUGUUCUCUCGGCAGCUGGCUGUUUUCGUGCCCAACUUUUGGGACUCGACAAAGAUCGAAGCGGAUAUUUUCCUGCAGCGCUCGUUUUGGCUGCGCAAUCUCACCAUCAGCCCAGCAGCCGCUUCACUGCUCACGGCGCUCGCUCCACCGGGCUUGAACUUCACACGGGUCUUCAUCAGCGAUGCGAAGGUGUCGUGGAACAAUCUCAUGGCCCUCGACUCCAGUCCCAUCGUCGUGGAGAUCGACCGAAUCUCAGCAGAAGCCAGUGAGCUACCUGCUGGUGGGGAAGAAGAGGUGGAAGACUUGAUCCGUCAAUGGCUGGAUGUGUGUGGUGGUGUCCAGCCAGAUCCAUUUACAGGCCGUUAUCCGCUCUUGGAUGCAGCCACCUUCCGCGUGCACCACGUGGACCUCACCAUCACGAGCCCGGCCCGGUAUGGCUUCCUGUCCGUGUCCUUGCGAGGGCUGGAGGUGAAAGCCGUGAACAAGGAUGGCCAACAGCAAGACUUGCUGCACAUGCUGGAACGGUCCCAGGACUGGGAGAACAACGCCAUUACGAUGUCGCGCUUGGUGGAGUGUAGCCAGGCAUCAGCCCGCUACCUGAAAUCUGGCAACUUGACUCGCAUCGGGUGUUCUUUGCUAGUUGAAUACCUUCCUUUUAACCCAAUUGCGAUGGCCUCCAACCUACUAGCGAUGGCCCCCAACCAACCUAAUAGCCAUGUCCUCCAACCUUCACUAGCAAUGGAAGUGAGGCUGCAUUGCCUGGAAAGGAGUCAGCACUUGGAAAAGAAGUGA